AUGUCUCCACAUUCAAAGUGCAUAUGUCGCGACUAUCCCGAAGCCCCUGAGGAAAAGUCCGGCUGCGGUUUACGAGCGUUAAAGGCAUUUUCCCUCUCAAACCUAGGAAUCAGCGAAGUUCUAGCUACAAAAUUAGCCCUUGAUGCCCUUGAAUGUUUCCAGCCUCCACAUCUAGAAACGCCUCGUUGUCCUUCUCAUGGAUACAAAUACCUCCCCUUCAGACUAUUCAACACUCUCGACUCACACCUUUUUCGCGGCGUGCUUAAAGACCAAGUCUAUCUCCGCUGGUCCAAGAUCCUACCCUCCGCCGUUCACGGGCUGACCAGCAAGCCAGGCUCAAGGGAUACGAGAAUCACAAUCGAUCUCCAACAUGCCCUUCUUAAAGAUGUUUCUGCCGAAGGAAUCAUAUCCGUUUUGAUACAUCAUAUGGCGCACGCUUACUUCCUUGCUUGCUGUGGACCGCCUGGUGUGGGUAAGAAUCGUUCGGAAAGACAGAAUCUCGGCCAUGAUCUAGCUUACAGCACCCUGUUGUAUAAGAUCAUGGACGUCUUUCAGCCUCAGGGGUUUAAGCGGAUGCCGAACUUGUUUCUUUUCAAUCGUGCCCGGCGUCACCCGAAAGAUCAGCGUCAGCUUUGUCGUGUAGAAAGGACCGUGGCUCACUUGGCUGAACCGGGUAAAUGCUGUACCUUCCAAUCGACGGAUUUUCUGGAUAGGAAAACAUGCCGUGAUCAUACCUUGACCUUGAAUGAGAUAAACUUGAACGGUGGACAUGAUGGGAAGUCAGAUCUCGGUGAUCCGUAUCCGAAAUCACACUAUAUCCAUGUCGUUGACAUUGGGCAACAGAGCUUCACACCUGUUUUGCGGACCCAAUAUCCAUACCAGCCAAAGGACUAUAUUGAACUGCAUUAUAAAAACUACGCUGCCCCGUUCCUACGCUCAGACCUAAGGAAGGAUUGCUCACUAGCUUCCAAGCUAUCAGAAGAAGUCAACUUCUUAAACAUACCCGCCCCAUCCCACCAGAUAUUCUGUGCUCUUUAUUCAUACCUCCUAAAUGGUGACUAUCCUCCGGAGCUGGUCAAGAUUACCUCCCCUUAUAUCACAGCGAGAAACGCCGAAGGACCACCAGUGAUACUAACAUAUAUUCCUGAAGUCGAGAAUUUCCUAGCCACCGAUAUUAGGAUGUUCAGCCUAGCAAGCAUGUUAGAUUUCUCGGACCUAAGAGAUAGUGCCAUGGAAAGAAUGCACUCUCUAAGCGAAACACAUGCCAAUCCAAUAUCAAUCCUUCAGGAGAUAUACAACAACCCAACCAGAAACGACGACGACAGAGACAGACUGCGAAGAUGGGUACUGGAGUUCCUUCCCAAGGGUGGUACAGAGCGAGGAUUCACAAACAUAGACGUCCUGCAAACCGGCCAGUGGAGAGAGGGUCUUGCAAAGCUACGGAAGGAAAACGGCUUGUUCAAUAUGGACUACUCAACUGCAUGCGAAAGCCUAGUCUUGGAAAAGGCAUCAGCGUGUAUCAAUGCAUUCAAUGAAGCGAGUCGAACAGCCGGGCAAGCUGCAGGUAACAACACAGGCGAUCCGCUCAAUAAUGGACCUCUAUCCCCUGAGGAGUUGGAACUACUACGUCAAGUACACCCUCAGAUGUCAAAGCUUUACGAAACAGCCGCUGCCUCCGCACAGAAUCCCGCUCCUGGGCCCAAUAUAGAGGAAGACUCAAGUGAGCAAGCGAGCAGUGAUUGCAGAUCCGAGCAUUGCCCUUUUCAUAUCAAACAACAGAAUCACCACCAUAACCACCACCACCACCAACAGCGGCAGGAAGAUCAAGAUUCAGAUAUUUCCUACAAACACCUGUUCCGCAACAUUGUUUGA